GCACGAUUUAGAAAAGAUUGGACAGGGACUGUAUGUGGAUUAUUGGCGGCUUUUGAGAGCAUAAGCUGAAGUCUGACAGGCAGGAUAAUGAGUGAGGGGUUUGCUGCUGACCUCACCGCUGAAAGAGGAGACAAAAAGACAGGUGGCGCAAGAUAAAUAGAGACUGAAGAGAGAGAAUAACGAGGCAAAAAAAAAGAGAGAGAGAUCCUUCGUUGCGGCCCUGAACAUCACCGAAACCUUCAAUCUUGGUUACAGAGGUGGACCUUGAAGAAUGAUUCAGAGGAAACUAACUUGUAUGAAAAUAGGAAAAUCAUUACUUGUAUAGUAAUCAGUAAUUUAUUUUGGAUUUUGAGCCUGUCCUCAUAUUGAAAUGGUUUACAGUUCACUUAAGGACAAAAAUAAGUCAGACCAUGAAACUGUAAUACAACUUUGAGUCUUUAUUGACUAAUCAGUGGAAAAAAGAGGAACAUCCACAACAGCUAUUUAUGUUACUGUAAGGUCGUGACUAAGAAGAAGACGUCGUGAGCAUUUCUCUCACCCUGUCGUUACAGCAUUUGCAGAUUCUUACAUAUUUUUGUGAAAUGCAAAUGAGCCCUCGUGAAUCUCAUAUGCAAACAGCAUUUCCAUGAGGUCCUUUGGGGCGACAGAAAGGAAGAAUAACAACCUGCAGAGGUGAACUGUAUCUCUCAUGAGGAAAACAUCUGAGCAUAAGUAAAUUCAACUCGGAAAAGCUUGGACCUGCACUGAGAGAAGCAUAAGAUUCAUUGUUUACAUCCCAGGAGAAAUAUGCUCCAUCUGGUGAUCUGGCUGCUGGCUUCAGGUUGUGUCACUUUGUGCUCACCCAUUCAUCGAGAGUACCACCUGAUAAGCGAGGCCAAGACAUGGGCCCAGGCACAGAGCUACUGCAGAAACAGCUACACUGACCUCGCCUCCGUCAGCAACCGAGAUGACAUGCGGAGGCUGGUGGAGAUAGCGGCAGCCAGUGGUGAGGGGAGAAGUAUCUGGAUUGGUCUGAAAAAGGGGGGUGUGGUGGGGUCCUGGAUGUGGUCUGUGGGAGAGGCUCAGACCACUGACUACACUAACUGGGCCAGUCCACCUGAUUCCUCCUACAACUGUGGAGGCAUGAGGGGUGAUGGGAAAUGGCUCAGUGCAUCCUGUGAAGCAGUCCUUCCCUUUGUCUGCCAGGAAGGUGAGGGCUCCAGUAAGAUGCAUGUUGUUCUUGAGGAGAAGUCUUGGAGGAGUGCCCAGGGGUACUGCCGACAGAAUUACCACGACUUGGCCAGUGUGAGCAGCCAGACCGAAAAUCAGGCCUUACAGCAAAUGCUUAAUGAAAGCGGGCCAUCGACGACCACCUUCUGGAUCGGUUUGUUCAGGGAUCAGUGGACAUGGUCGGACCAGAGCAACAGUUCCUUCAGAUACUGGGAGAGCGAUCAGCCAAAUCACGAUGGAGAGUGUGUUUUGUUUGACACCUUUUACGAGACGUUGUGGGACAGAGCGUGUGGCAGCUCAUUUCCCUUCUACUGCUACAGUGCAGUCACAUGGAGGUAUGUCGUGAGGCUGGAACUGAAGUCAGACUCGUCCUUGAACUUGGGUGAUUCUGCUACGAGCGAAGCCAUUUUGGCCCAAAUCCAAAAAAGGUUUGAGGGUGCCAGGGUUCAAUGGAGAGUCCAGCCAGAUGGGACGAUUUUCAAGAAAAAAGAGUGAAACCUGCAGUGCCAAACAGGACGGUACAAUUACUCCUGAACGUCUGUAUGGACAGUUUCAAUACUCAGAUAUAAUUUUUGUGUCGAUGAGGUGGAAUUUAACAUUUUUCAUGAUGUUAUCAAUGGUUUAUAUUUGCUAUUUCUUUUUAACCAACAGUAGGUGUGCUUUUAUUAAAGUCUUUUUAAAUCACUAAAAACUGUCAAAGACAAAGAGAUCUUUGUCGCAGAUAUAUUUACUGAAUUAGCAUGCUAACCCGCUAGCCUCAGCUCGUCCUGUCUUGCAAAAAAGACUCCAAGUUCCCAGUUUGAACUGCAAGCUGUUUGCCUGGUGACAUUGGAGUGACAUACUUCACCUUUAAAGGGGAACACCACUGAUUUAUAACAUUUAAGUCUUUUUAUAGGUGUCAGGGAGUUCUACUGCAUAUGUGAAAAAUCACUGUGUCAAGAUUGAAGAGUUGCAUUUUCGUUAAUGUAGGCACUGAGUUUUGAAUAGAAGAAUGUUACCGUGUGAAAAAAAUUAAUAAAUACAUGUAGUGUCUCUGGUUCUGUCCAUUGUGACUCUGACUGUGGGAGUGUGAUGCUAAAUGUGAAGCAACAAACAGACACGC